UCUAACACCCAUUCAGUUCAGAAAAAGAAACUGCAACAAUGACAUAUGUGAAGGAAGAAAUUGUGGAACAAAGCAAAACAUGGCCCCAAUACGUAACUGUUUUGACCGCCCUAUUUGCCAUGUUCAAUUCUGGAUUACAUUUUGGCUGGCCCAGUCCAUCAAUCCCCAAAAUCUUGUCAGAUGAAUAUGCGUUGAACAUUACCGGGGAGGAAGCUUCUUACAUAACAAUCAUUGGACCAGCUGGAGACAUUAUUGGCAGCAUUCUGUACCCUGGAAUUGUUGAUGUCAUUGGAAGGAAGUACACCAUUAUAUUAAUAGCAAUACCACAAAUCGUUUCAAUGCUAAUGAUUUACUUAGCUGAGUACUCAAUAAUAUUGUUGUACUCAGCCAGGUUCAUUGGGGGAAUGGCCGAAGCUGCCUGUUUUACGAUUCUUCCUUUGUAUAUUGGAGAGGUGGCUGAACCAAAAGUGCGUGGAGUACUUGGCUCGUAUUUCAGCUUAAUUCUUAUCCUGGGGAUUCUAACUGUGAACAUUUCCGGCUCCUACUUGUCGGUGGAAACUUGCGCCUUGAUAUUCACAAUCUUGCCAAUUAUUUUCAUCAUUGCCUUCCUCCAAAUGCCGGAAAGUCCCUACUAUUUGAUCAUGAAGGAACGUUUCGAGGACGCCAAGAAGUCCCUACGUUACUUACGACGAAAGAACAACGUGGAAGAGGAAUUUUUGCAGCUGAAGGACGACGUGCAUCGACAGAUGUCCGAGCCCGGCACCUACUUGGAUCUGUUCCGCAUUAAAUCGAAUCGUUUGUCGUGCGUGGUGAUGUUCGGCCUCCGGAUCAUCCAGCAGUUCAGUGGCAUCACCGCCUUUACCAUGUACAUGCAGACGUUAUUCGAACAAAGCACCGACGUUAUCUCGGUGGAUUUUGGUUCUUCCUUGAUUUUUUGCCUGCAAGUUGUGGCCACAUUUGUGGGCUCCUUGAUAGUGGACAGAGUUGGGAGGAAGCCUCUUUUGACUUGGAGUUGCGGAGGGUGCUUUACUGUCCUCGUCACGCAGGCCACUUAUUUCCUGUUGUUGAAGCACACCACCAUUGACCUGGAGAACUUCAAGUACCUUCCCUUGACGGGGAUGAUUGUCUUUAUAAUAUUUUUCGCAAUUGGGCUUGGACAUGUGGUUAACUUAAUGGUGGGGGAAAUGUUCUCAUCAAGCAUAAAAGCCAAAGCCUCUUGUUUGAUGAAUUUGAUUUUUGCUGUCACUAUGCUUUCAAGUGCCAAAUUUUUCCAGUACACUUUGGACGCAAAAUUGGGUUUGGCAGUACCGUUUUAUGUGUACGCCUUUUGCCAGUUACUAGGAACGAUAUUUUGCAUAAUAAUUGUACCUGAAACAACAGGGAAAAGUUUGGAGCAAAUCCAGCAGGAACUAAAGGGGAAGAAAAGCAAACUAGAAUCUUAAUUCAUGUUUUAUAUUUCAUUUAAAUAUAUAUUAUUUUUUUA